GACAGAGACUCAGGAGGGUGAGGAAGUGCCUGAGCUGAGGCUGGGGCAGGGCAGGAGGCGGUGGAGGGAAGCCUGGGGGAGUCAGGCAUCCUCCUGGGUCCUGGGGCUUCAGAGGCAGCUCCUCCUGCUGCUGGAAAAGACUCCGGACACCUUCAGCCCUCCUAGCCUGCGCUGGGAGGCUCCAGCCAGAGGCUCAGGGUGCUUGCUGAGCGGGUGACAGCCACGGAGCUGGUACCCCAGGACCCCCUGCCCUGUCCUCUCUCGGCUCCCAGGCAUGGAGGAAGGCGGCGAUUUCGACAACUACUAUGGGGUGGACAACCAGUCUGAGUGUGAGUACACGGACUGGAAGUCCUCGGGGGCCCUCAUCCCUGCCAUCUACAUGCUGGUUUUCCUGCUGGGCACCACGGGCAACGGCCUGGUGCUCUGGACCGUGUUUCGAAGCAGCCGAGAGAAGAGGCGCUCCGCUGACAUCUUCAUCGCCAGCCUGGCAGUGGCCGACCUGACGUUCGUGGUGACCCUGCCGCUGUGGGCCACCUACACGUACCGGGACUACGACUGGCCCUUCGGCGCCUUCGCCUGCAAGCUCAGCAGCUAUCUCAUCUUCGUCAACAUGUACGCCAGCGUCUUCUGCCUCACCGGCCUCAGCUUCGACCGCUACCUGGCCAUCGUGAGGCCGGUGGCCAACGCUCGGCUGCGGCUGCGGGUCAGCGGGGCCGUGGCCACGGCGGUCCUGUGGGUGCUGGCCGCCCUCCUGGCCAUGCCGGUCAUGGUGUUCCGCACCACCGGUGCCAUCCUGCACGCCGAGAACGGCACCAAGGUGCAAUGCUACAUGGACUACUCCAUGGUGGCCGCCCCCAACUCCGAGUGGGCCUGGGAGGUGGGCCUGGGGGUCUCGUCCACCGCCGUGGGCUUCGUGGUGCCCUUCACCGUCAUGCUGACCUGCUACUUCUUCAUCGCCCAGACCAUCGCCGGCCACUUCCGCAAGGAGCGCAUCGAGGGCUUGCGGAAGCGGCGCCGCCUGCUCAGCAUCAUCGUGGUGCUGGUGGUGACCUUCGCCCUGUGCUGGAUGCCCUACCACCUGGUGAAGACGCUCUACAUGCUGGGCAGCCUGCUGCACUGGCCCUGCGACUUCGACAUCUUCCUCAUGAACGUCUUCCCCUACUGCACCUGCAUCAGCUACAUCAACAGCUGCCUCAACCCCUUCCUCUACGCCUUCUUCGACCCCCGCUUCCGCCAGGCCUGCACCUCAGUGCUCUGCUGGGGCCAGAGCCAGUGCGGGGGCGCCUCCACCAGCAGCAGUGGGGAGAAGUCAGCCAGCUACAGCUCCGGCCACAGCCAGGGGCCUGGCCCUGGCCUGGGGAAGGGCGGAGAGCAGACGCAGGAGAAAUCCAUUCCCUACAGCCAAGAGACGCUCGUGGUUGACUAGGGCCAGGGAUCCCUGGAGGCUGGGGUCCCCUGCUUGGCCCUUGCCCUCUGAAGGUCGGGUCCUCAGGAGACCUUCUCUCUUGCACUUGACUCCAUCACUACCCAACCCCCGCCCUCUGUAUGGUCCUCUCUCCCCCUUGGUUCUGGUUAAGAGGUUUGUGGUUUAGUGGCAAGGAAUUGAGCCCUGCAGACCCAGGCUUGGCCACUCAGUAUCAGUGAGCUGGACCUUGCACCGGUCUCUUAACCUCCCCGAGCCUCAGUUUCUCCAUUUGUAUAAAACGGAGAAAAUGAAAUGAUGGAUGCAUCUUGGCUCAAUAAAAAUUCAUUUCCCCCACGAAAUUCAUUCUUCUCUGCUCUCCAGUUCUUUUUUCCCUCCCAUUUCCUUUUGGUUUUCUUGCCCCUCACUCUCCUUCUAUUCCCGCCACUCCCCCCCAGCCACUCCCCCCCCCCGCAAUUUUUACUCUGAAUCUUUACCUUCUGUCUCCCACCCCCUCCCUCAGAAUUCGUCCCUCUCUCUCAAUCCCUCCUUCCCCCUUUUACCUCCUUGUUCUGAAGGGCUCCUAAGGGUUAAGAAUCCUGAAGCUUGCAAACAGGGCCCCAGUUCCAGCUCUUUAUCCUGUUCCCUGAGGGCCCCUAGAGGGAAGUGGGCUGGGUGUCUGCAAAGUUACCGCUCUGAUCCUCUGCAGCUCUGCAAAGUUACUGCUCCGAAGUCUCUGCAGCUGGGAGCUCCAGAGCUUCCCUCCAAACUGGACCGGUUUGCUGUCAUUUCGGGCAUGGGAGGUGGCGUGGUCCACAGAAGGGGGACUCCCUUCCUGCAGCCGCUGCCUGAGGCCAGCUAGAUAUGCUUUCUACCAAUUUUCUCAGAGCCUUUCAUUCACCCUCUCUCCUCUGUGUGGGGGGGACUGGAAAGCAGUGGGUUUGAUGAAGCAGCAGGCUCUUGGGUUUCAUUGUACCAUUGGGGAGUGGGGAAGGGAAGAGGGAGAAAGAGGGGUGUCUGUAUUUAGUCUCCAUGCUGCUUGGGUUCCCUCCCCAAAUCCUCAUUCCUCCACUUUCCUCCAGAACUGGGACCUGCAGUUCUCUCCCUGUCCCUCUACUGCAUCCCGACAUCUCCAGGACGUUUUCCUUGGGCACUGAUGUGAGUUGGUGCCAAGUCACUUUGGUGGGGGUGGGGACUUGCUUUGUGUAUGUAUGUAUGUGUUAGUGUGCAUGAGCAUAACAUGGAGCGCCGUGUGCCUGUGUCACCUGUCACUUGGAUGAACACCCCUCCCCCCACUCAUCUCUGCCCUUCACACAGUAUCCUUGAGGGAAGAAGGGACCUUCUGCAUCCACCCCCCACUGGAUUUGGGGGCUCUGACGGCUGGUCCGUGCUGUAAAAGAGACGUCUAUGUUGGUACCCAGGCUUUCUGCAGGGAGAGCACUCCCCAAAGCAGCUCAUGCCCAAAGCUGGGGGGGGGGGGUCCCUCUGCCAUCUCAAGUUCCACGAUGAAAAUGGGAGGCAAGUGAAGAGCUUCCCUUGGCCCCUUUCCCACACCUAGCAAGCUUGCUUUGAUUUUAUAAGCUUUUCCCUCAUCAUUCCUUCUUUUUCCAAGGUCAGUGGCUUUCUUCCUGAGGUGGGGAGGGCACCUGCUUGCCACGGGAUGAAAAGCACUGGGUGGGUUUUUUCUCACUUUCCACCAGGACUGAACUCCUUGGCUUUUCCUGCUGGCCUGGGGGGCUGGGAACUGGGGACCGGAGCUACCGUGGCAGGGCUGAUGGCAUGACAGCCAUGCCACCAGAGAAGCCUUGAGGAUAAAGCUGAUGGCGGGGCCUUUGUGUGCUGAGGGUGGGGUGUGUGUAUUCCGGGUUUUGUUCUUGGAGGACCCUGGACCUGAAGGGCAAGACAUGAGCCCACAGAGGCAGGAAGAGCCCAGCUUGAGGUCAGUGAGCGUCUUGACCAUGGCUGGGAUGGAGCCAGCUCUGGAAGCAGAGGGAGGGGGGGAAGAGAAGGGGCUUCUCUCAGCUUAUCCUUCCCAUCUCAAGCCAGAAUCUUCCACAGACUCACUUUCUCUGCCUGGGGCUGUCCCCAACGUCUCCAGUCAAUGCUGGAGGAAGCUUCCAGAAGGGAAGAGGGCUCUGAGGCCCUUCGGAGGUCCUGGACUGACGGUGGAGGAGGCUGCAGCUUGCCCCUUCUUUGGAAUGUCUGUGCUAUUUUGUAACCCUGUUAGUCACUGAGGUUCAUCAAAUAAACCUUUGUGUGUGUGUGCGCGUGUGUAA